CUAAAACUGCUUUUGAAUCCAAGAUCUGUUGUGAUUUUUACAACACAAACCCAAAAAUGUCAGAACUCGACCCUUCAUCUGGAUUUGUAGGAAACAUGGAAAACGGGACUUUUCUGGAGCUGUAUCCCACAUCCCUUUCAACUUCAGUGGAUUCAUCGCCUGGCCGUUUAUCCAAUGUCUAUGUCUAUGUUUCUAUAUUCCUUAGUCUCUUAGCUUUUCUCCUUUUGCUAUUGAUCAUUGCACUUCAGAGGCUGAAAAACAUCAUUUCUUCCAGUUCCUCCUACCCAGAAUAUAAUAGUGAUGCUGGAAGCUCUUUCACUAAUUUAGAGGUUUGCAGUAUUUCUUCCCAGCGCUCUGCUCUCUCAAACCUUUCUUCAUGAAGCUAAAUGAAAGGAAAUACAUGGGGAAUGGAAGAGCUUUGUCUAGUUUCUUGGGGAGGUAGUGCAUGCAACAUUUGCCUUAGAAGACUAUUAUGAAGAGGUGGCUUUUAAAGUUUCCUUAGUUUGUUUCUUUUUUUUUUCCUUUCCUUUUCUAGUCUUCAUUUCCCCUUUUACUAAUGUUCUUUUCCAUUUUGGACAAUGGAUAAUGACACUCGAUCAUUGUUUCAUGCCUGUAAUAGUGAUGCUGUCUUUUUCUCACACAUACAUGGUGUUCAUUAAGAGUAUUCCUGCCAAAUUAUAAUAUGGUUCUAACUGGAUGUGUCAUUUUUCUGCUCUACUUGUGACCCCUUCCCUGGUUUUGUAUCAGUAAUAUGCUUACUACUUUUC